AUGCAUCUAUGGUUCAAACAUUUUCAGAGUCGAUCAGCACCACCACAGUUGAGAUGCGAGGUACCUGGGAGGUUUACCAAUGUACGAGUUGAAGACGUCGACGGAGCCGCGGUAGGAGGUGGUGAGGAGGACGCUGACGACGUGGUCGCCGGCGAGGUGCCGAGGAGGACGCCGACAACACGUUUGCGGGUGUCGCCGGCGAAGGCGGCAGCGCCCCGACGGCAGGGCCCUAUGCCGGCGAUUGCCGUGGAUGUUCCGAUGACGAUGACGAUGACGACUGGCGGCCGCUGGACGUGGGGCGCGAUCAAUGUGGAGCGUCGGCGGCCGGCCGGGCGUGGUGGCUCGGUGGUAGGGGAACGACUGAGGGGAGCAGGGGGCCGAUGCGACCGGCUGGGCUUGUCAGCGAGCAGCCGCGACCUUGCUGGCGGCUGGGGUCGUCAGCGGGCAGCCACGGAUCGCAUGAGGAAGGGAGCAGGAUUGCUGGUGGCUGGGCUCGUCAGCAGGAGGUGGGAGAAGGGAAAGGCAUCGAGCAGCAGCCUGGCUCCUUCCUGCUGUGAGGCGUCGUGGGGGAGUUGUGGUCCCCCACGGUGGUCGGCGGCUUGCAGAGGGCCGGGGUGUCACGGAGGGGAGGGGAGCGAUGCCGUGGAGGGGAGUGGAGCGACGAGUCGCGGGGCCGGGGUAUCGUGCGCUCCUGCGCUGUCACAGAGGAGACCGAGGCAGCCACGGAUCGUAUGA